GCUGAGAGCUCUGCCUGAUCCAGACACCAAGAACGGGAGCGAUCGCAUGCAGUUAGGGACAGGCGGUCCCCUUUCAAAACCGAAAGAAUGGGUUCCAUCGCCCUCGCAACUAAGAGAAAAACAAUGUCCCCGGAAACCAGAAUUCGCUAACUACGCGCUGGACCUGAUCUGGCCCCGUUUUAUGAUUUCAUGCGUGAGUUUUUUGAAGUUUAAAAUGUGGGAGAUGGUGGUUUUGUCGAGAGCGAGGUCUCUCCUCCUGUUGUCCAGGACAAGAUGGCAGCAGCGCUGGCAAACUGAGCAUGGUAUGGGUACACUAUAAGUCCGUAACAUGUUCAGAGAAGCCCUGGAUUCUAUCACUUGUUACUGUCUGUGAAGGUAUGGCCUCACAAGUCUUAGUCUACCCACCACAUGUUUAUCAGACCCAGACAAGUGCCUUUUGUAGAGUGAAGAAACUCAAAGUUGAGCCCAGCAGCUGUGUUUACCAUGAGAGAGCCUACCCACGGACCUAUUUGAAUGGUAGAAGCCUCGGCAUUGCGAACCCCACGAAAAGCAUUUGUUCGUUUCAGAAUAAGGACUCGGCGUGCGAUAGACCCCGCAACAGGCACAGUCUUUUGUUUCAGGAGGCGUCCUUGAGAGGUGCGCACCGCAAGCAGCCCGGGACAGCGGCACAGCCCCAGGAAGGGGGGGUCCCCUCGCAGGGCAAGGGGCAGCUGAAGGGGGGAAGGGAAAGCAGCAGUGGAGCAGUGGGAGGUGGUGGCGGAGGCGGGGUCAGUGGGCCGAGCACCGGAGGUGGCGGGGGCGGAGACGGAGACAAGGACGAGGACGACGACGCGGCUCUGAACUCAGCACACGGCCCCCAACGAUGUGGGCUGAAACGUAAGAGCGAGGAGCUGGAGAACCGAGAGAGCGCCAUGCAGAUAUUGGAAGACCUGUCAAUGUUGCCUGCAAUGUUGCAAACCAAUGUGGGAAACCAAGUGGGUGCGGGGGCUGGUGUGGGGGCUGGGGCGGGGGUGGGGGGAGGGCCUUCCAAGCAAGGCGGGGCUGGGGGCGGAGCAGGCACUGGGGACGGGGACUACCAACUGGUGCAGCAUGAGGUGCUGUGCUCCAUGAAGAACACUUACGAGGUGCUGGACUUCCUGGGCCGGGGCACCUUUGGCCAGGUGGUCAAGUGCUGGAAGCGCGGGACGAGCGAGGUGGUGGCCAUCAAGAUCCUGAAGAACCACCCAUCAUAUGCGCGGCAGGGCCAGAUUGAGGUGGGCAUCCUGGCCCGGCUGAGCAGUGAGAACGCGGAUGAGAACAACCUGGUGCGCGCCUUUGAGUGCUUUCAGCACCGCAACCACACCUGCCUGGUGUUCGAGAUGCUGGAGCAGAACCUGUACGAUUUCCUGAAGCAGAACAAGUUCAGCCCACUGCCACUCAAGGUGAUCCGGCCCAUCCUGCAGCAGGUUGCCACUGCGCUGAAGAAGCUGAAGGGCCUGGGCCUCAUCCAUGCUGACCUCAAGCCCGAGAACAUCAUGCUGGUGGACCCGGUACGGCAGCCCUACAGGGUGAAGGUGAUAGACUUCGGCUCGGCCAGCCAUGUCUCCAAGGCUGUGUGCUCCACGUAUUUGCAGUCGCGGUACUACAGAGCGCCAGAGAUCAUUUUGGGGUUGCCGUUUUGUGAAGCCAUAGACAUGUGGUCGCUGGGCUGUGUGAUUGCAGAGCUGUUCCUGGGAUGGCCGCUGUACCCUGGAGCGCUGGAGUAUGAUCAGAUCCGCUACAUUUCGCAGACACAAGGGUUGCCAGGCGAGCAGCUCCUGAACACGGGGACGAAAACAGCACGGUUCUUCUGUCGGGAGUCAGACUCCCCCUAUGCAGCGUGGCGGCUGAAGACCACAGAGGAGCAUGAGACAGAGACGGGGAUGAAGUCAAAGGAAGCCAGGAAGUACAUCUUCAGCUGUCUGGAGGAUAUUGCGCAUGUGAACAUGGUGAUGAAUUUGGAAGGAAGUGACUUGUUAGCUGAGAAGGCAGACCGCCGAGAGUUUGUAGGCUUACUGAAGAAAAUGUUGUUGAUCGAUGCGGAGAAGAGGAUCGUGCCGGCCGAAGCCCUGAACCACCCUUUUGUGACCAUGCAGCACCUCCUCGAUUUUCCCCACAGCAACCACGUCAAAUCCUGUUUCCAUAUCAUGGACCUGUGCAGGGUACGCACUGGCACCUACGACGCCAUCAACCGCAAUAAGACCACGUUCCUGAGACCAGUUACCUCCACCAAUGCGGCCAACCUGACCAUGGCGUUCAAUAAGAUGGGCAACGUUCACACUCAGGCUUUAGCGCCAUCUGCUCCCUCUGUGAUGCACCCUGGGAUCCCGCUGCAGACGGGGAGCACCCAGUUUGGAUGUGGUGACUCCUUUCAGCAGGCAUUGAUCCUGUGUCCUCCAACAAUUCAAGUAGGAAUCCCCCCGAACCCAAACAAGCCUGCUGGCUAUGCAGUCAGAAUGGACAACACUGUACCACUGGUGACCCAAGCCCCGCCCAUUCAGCCCUUACAGAUCCGACCAGGAGUCAUUACACAGCAAACGUGGUCCAGUCGGGCCCAGCAGAUUCUGGUUCCAGCUUGGCAGCAGGUGACACAGGUGGCGCCUCCAGCCACCACACUGGCAUCUGACACUGUGGCAGGCCCACAGAGGCUGGGAGACUGGGGCAAAGUGCGAUCGCACGGCAACCAUUACGGUUCCAUGAUGCCCCAACCCCUUCUAACCAACCAAAUGACCAUGUCAGCCCACCAGCCAAUCAACAUUGGCAUUGCGCAUGUAGUGUGGCCCCAGCCAGCUGCUAACAAGAGGAACAAGCCCUGUCAGAACAGAAGCAACAAUUUUGUGCACAACACCAACACCCAAAUCCCAGCAUACCAGUCCCCAAAGAUAGUAGACACUGGGAAGACUGAGGAGGAGGAGAGCUGCCUGGAGGCAGAGGCAGAGCCAGAGCCAGAGGCGGAGCAGGGGGCGGGGCAGGAGGCAGAGCGGAGCUGUUGUGGGGCGGGGCAGGACCCUGACGAGCUGGCCGUCUCCCACCAGCAGCGACAGGCUGUUGUCAUGGCCGAUUCGCCCAGCCCUGCGGGCAGCAUCAUCACCAUCAGCAGCGACACGGACGAGGAAGAGGAAGAGGAGGAGGAGGCCGUCCAGAGGCACUCGCUGGGGGAGUGUAAGGGCAGCGCUGACUGCGAAGCAUGUCAGAGCACCCUCAACAUGGAGCGUGUGUGCUCCCUCAGCAGCCCCGACAGCACCCUGAGUACCAGCUCCUCCACCUCGGCGCAGUCCAGCCCCUCGCCCUGCAAGAGGCCCAACAGCAUGUCGGAGGACGAGCGGGAGAGCGGCUGCGACACGGUGGAUGGUUCGCCAGCAUCGGACUCGUCAGGCCGGAACGACAGCCCCUUCAUGGAGGGCCGUUACCUGGGCGAGGGCGACCGGAAUGCCAAGCCACACAUGACCCGCACCGUGCCCCAGCCGGAGACUGGCAAGCCCACUGUACGCACUGUGGUGGUGCCACCCCUCAGGGUGCACAACAACAACUCCAUCGCCGAUGAACAGGUGGCCAACACAGUCUUAGAUUCCUCUUGCCAGUCCAAGGGGCGGUGCGCCCCUGGCCGACAGAACCACCACUCCACCCCCCUCCUCAACCGGCAGCACAAGAUGACCUCGGCAUUCCAGCAGCAACACCUGGGCUUUGGGCAGGUCCAGCACUACGGCUCCUGCCACCAGGAGUGGAACGGAAACUACAGCCACCGGCGGCAGCAGGCCUACAUCCCCCCCACGGUGCACGGGCAUACCUUCACACUGCCCCACGGCAGCCCCAACCACACUACAGCGCACCCUCCACACCUGGGGGCGCCGCAGCCCGCCCUGCUGUCCUACCCGCCCUCCGCGCCCCUGGUCACAACCGCGCCCGUGGCCCACAUCCUGGCAUCGCCCUGCAGCACGCGGCCCGUCCUGCAGCCAGCCUACGGCAUGUCGCACCCAGGCGGCCUGGUGCACCAGGUGACCGUGGGCAUCAACCACCGGCUGCUGCCGUCACCCACCAUCCAUCAGAGCCAGUUCAAGCCGCUCUUUCCCCCGCACUCCUACAUCGCCUCACCUGCCUACGCCGGCUUCCCCCUCAGCCCCACCAAGCUCAGCCAGUACCCCUACAUCUGAAUGCAGGACCUGAGCCCCAAAAAUGGCAACAACACGGCUUUCACGUCCAAAGCCGUGGCACAACAGACAAAACUAUUUUU